GACUGCUCCAAACUGAGACCGGGACCGACGCCGGGAUCACUCCGGGAUCGGAACUAAGAACCUCCGUAAAUUUCCCAUUGCCAAGCCUUGGCCUGAUGGAGGAGGAGGAGGCUGCGAGGAAGAGGAAGAUGGCCCAGGAGCCCCAGACAGACAAGGAGCUGAGCACGGAGAGCAGGGAGGACAAAUCCCCGUGGCAGAACCUGGUGGAAGAGGCCAUUUGUAGCGGUUCCACAGUGCAAGAAUCCAUCCAGGAGGAAAAGCCGCGGAGAUCCCACACCAGGAGGGGCUGCAAACAGAGAUCGUGGGGAUCUGAGGAGGAAAGACCCAGCCUGGGCCGGGCAGGCGGCCGGAGAUGGAGCCAGAGCUCGGACCUGGUGGUCCAUGAGCAGCUUCUUGAUGAGGAGAAGCCCCACAAGUGCUCAGAGUGUGGGAUGAACUUCAGAUGGAGGUCCAGACUGAUCACCCACCAGAGGAUCCACACUGGGGAGAGGCCCUAUGAGUGUGGGGAGUGUGGGAAGAGGUUUCAGACCAGAGGCAAUCUCCUCCAGCACCAGCGCACGCACACAGACGAGAAGCCCUUCCGCUGCCCUGACUGCGGGAAGGGCUUCAGGGAAAAUGGCGCCCUCACCAGACACCAGCGCAUCCACACUGGGGAAAGGCCAUACAAAUGUGGGGUCUGUGGGAAGGGCUUCAGUCAGAGUUCCAACCGAAUCCUUCACGAAAGAAUCCACACAGGGGAGAGGCCAUACAAAUGUGGGGACUGUGGGAAGGGCUUCAGGCACCGUUCCAACCUAAUCCUUCACCAAAGGAUGCACACUGGGGAGAGGCCAUAUGUGUGUGAGGAGUGUGGGAGGAGCUUCAGGAAGAGCUCCAGCCUGAUCAUCCACCAGAGGAUCCACACUGGGGAAAGGCCCUACGAGUGUGGGGAGUGUGGGAAGGGCUUCAUUGAACAUACUCAAUUGAUCAUCCACCAGAGGAUCCACACUGGGGAAAGGCCCUACGAGUGUUCUAAGUGUGGGAAGAGGUUUCUCACCAGCUCCAAGCUCCUCGAACACUACCAGACACACACGGAGGAGAGGCCCUACGAGUGUCCUGACUGCGAGAAGGGCUUCAGGAAAAAGUACAAUCUCAUCAGCCACCAGCGCAUCCAUACUGGGGAGAGGCCCUAUGAGUGUGGGGAGUGUGGGAAGAGGUUUCAGACCAGAGGCAAUCUCCUCCAGCACCAGCGCACGCACACAGAUGAGAAGCCCUUCCGCUGCCCCGACUGCGGGAAGGGAUUCAGGCAAAAUGGCACCCUCACCAGACACCGAUGCAUCCAUACUGGGGAAAAGCCCCACGAGUGUGAGGAGUGUGGGAAGGGCUUCAUUGAGCAUGUCCAAUUGAUCCGCCAUCAGAGGAUCCACACUGGGGAAAGGCCCUACGAGUGUUCUAAGUGUGGGAAGAGGUUUCUCACCAGCUCCAAGCUCCUCGAACACUACCAGACACACACGGAGGAGAGGCCCUACAAGUGUCCUGACUGCGAGAAGGGCUUCAGGAAAAAGUACAAUCUCAUCAGCCACCAGCGCAUCCACACUGGGGAGAGGCCCUAUGAGUGUGGGGAGUGUGGGAAGUGGUUUCAGACCAGAGGCAAUCUCCUCCAGCACCAGCGCACGCACACAGACGAGAAGCCCUUCCGCUGCCCCGACUGCGGGAAGGGAUUCAGGCAAAAUGGCACCCUCACCAGACACCGGCACAUCCACACCGGGGAAAAGCCCCACGAGUGUGAGGAGUGUGGGAUGAGCUUCAGCCAGAGCUCCAGCCUGAUCCGCCAUCAGAGGAUCCACACUGGGGAAAGGCCCUACGUGUGUCCUGACUGUGGGAAGGGCUUCAGGGAAAACUCCCACCUCAUCCGCCACCGGCGCAUCCAUGUCGGGGAAAAGCCCCACGAGUGUGAGGAGUGUGGGAAGGGUUUCAUUGAGCAUGCCCAAUUGAUCCGCCAUCAGAGGAUCCACACUGUGGAAAGGCCAUACAGGUGUGGGGUCUGUGGGAAGGGCUUCAGUCAGAGUUCCAACCGAAUCCUUCACGAAAGAAUCCACACUGGAGAGAGGCCCUACAAGUGUGAGGAGUGUGGGAUGAGCUUUCGGCAGAGCUCCAACCUGAUCUGCCACCAAAGGAUCCACACGGGGGAGAGGCCAUACAAAUGUGGGGACUGUGGGAAGGGCUUCAGGCACCGUUCCAACCUAAUCCUUCACCAAAGGAUGCACACUGGGGAGAGGCCAUACGUGUGUGAGGAGUGUGGGAUGAGCUUCAGGAAUAGCUCCAGCCUGAUCAUCCACCAGAGGAUCCACACCGGGGAAAGGCCCUACGAGUGUUCUAAGUGUGGGAAGAGGUUUCUCACCAGCUCCAAGCUCCUCGAACACUACCAGACACACACGGAGGAGAGGCCCUACAAGUGUCCUGACUGUGAGAAGGGCUUCAGGAAAAAGUACAAUCUCAUCAGCCACCAGCGCAUCCAUACUGGGGAGAGGCCCUACGAAUGUUCUAAGUGUGGGAAGAGGUUUCUCACCAGCUCCAAGCUCAUCGAGCAUUACCAGACACACACGGAGGAGAGGCCCUACGAGUGUCCUGACUGUGGGAAAGGCUUCAGGAAAAAGUACAAUCUCAUCAGCCACCAGCGCAUCCAUACGGGGGAGAGGCCCCACAAGUGUGGGGACUGUGGGAUGAACUUCAGCCGGAGCUCCCACCUGAUCCGCCAUCAGAGGAUCCACACUGGGGAGAGGCCCUACGAGUGUGAGGAGUGUGGGAAGAGCUUCUCCCAGAGCUCAACCUUGACCCAACACCAACGGAGGCACCGGUAAGGGAAGCCCUGCAAGUGCCCCGAGUGUGGGAAGAGCUUCAUGCGCUGCUCCAACUCCAUCCCCAACUGCAGGACCCACUCUGGGCAGAGCCCUGGUGACCCCCAUUCCCUGGGAUCCAUGUUGGGAAGAUACCUGUCUUGUUAUCCUUUUGUUUUGGCCUUCGUUUCUGUCUCUUCUCCAUCUCUUUGUUCUCCAAACGCCAAGAUGGAUCAAUCUGUCAUCUCAAAACCACUCAAAUCCUACUGAAAAAACCUCAAUUUUGACUCAAAAGGGCAGAAUCCAACUUCAAAGUACCUUGUUCCCUCCUAAAAAAAACUCAAUCCCACACAAACCUUACUGGAUUUCUCAGCCACCAGGUGAGAAGGAGUUGGAAGGAGAUUGGGAGAUGUGGGAUCCAAAUUUGGAGCGGUGGGAUCGAGAUUGUGUGGGGCUGCCUGGGGUUGAUAUAUUUGAUAGUAAAUAAAACUUUGACAAUUCCUGAUUUCUGUCCCAUUCUCUUUCAGUCAGUUCCAGUUCUGUUUUCUGUGGCACCUUCUCAGCUGAUUGUGUUUGUGACAUCCUUUCUCUCCUGCCUCUCUCUGCCUGCUCUGUUUCUCUCUCAGGGUCUCCCUUGACCCAGGGCAGCUCCCACCAAAGACCCUGCCCUGAUUCAAUUCCCAUUGAAGGAGCUGCAACAGCCAUGGGUGAAGUUCUGAAGACUGGCAGUGAAAUGUCCCUGUAAGAUCUUGCUGCAUUUGGCUUUUGGCCCCUUCUGAAGAGCUUUUCCUUGAAGGGCAGGAACAUCUUUUCCUGCCUGGGAACAGGAAUUCCAGAGCCUGGCAGUGUGAGCCAUGCAGGACCAUGCAGACUGGGAUCAUGGGGGCUGGGAUGACAUGGACUGGGAUCCUCCAGACUGGGACUGCACGACUGGGACCAGAUGGAUCAGGACCAUGCAGACUGGGAUUGUACAGUCUGGGACCUUAUGGACUGGAAUGGCUGCACCAGAACGAUGCGAACCAGGGGGUCCCGUCCCACGCAGGGGUCCAUCUCAGUCCUGCACGGGGGCACAGCCAGAAGUCCCCAGAGUUAAUGUGGAGGUCCCAGAGUGCUCGCAGUGUGAUCCUCAUGCUGAUCCCUGUCCUGGUGCCAGCCUAACUCUCACUCUCAGUCUCGGAGCACUCCUGGUGUCAGCCUCGGUUUCGGUUCUGAUCCCAGUGUCGAUCUCAGUCUUGGAGCAGUCUCCGAGUGCUCCCUCUGCUCAUUCUGGUCCUGGUGUUGGUCAGUAUCUCGAUCCCAGAGCGGUGCUGGUCUCAGUCCCAGUGGGUCUUAUAGUUGCGCCAGUCUCGGUGUUGGUUCUGGUGCCACUCUCAGUCUCAGUCCCGGAGUUCUCCCUUGUCCGGCUCUAGUGUCUGUCUUGGUCUCCAUCUUGGUCCCAGUGCCAGUUCUGGGGCCAGUUUGGGCUCGGUCUCAGUUCCAGUGCCAGUGCUGGUUUCGGUUCUGGUGUCAGUUCUGUUCCCAGUCUUGGUCUUGGUUCCAGUCCUGGGCCAUUUUAUCAAUGUUAAUGAGAGAGAGAGAGAAACUAUGGGCUCAUGAUCAGAAUCCAAAUUUAUUGUGAGCUACAUUUGCUUAUACACCAUUUUUAGGAAGGCAGUAACGUUUACUAUAUUCUUCAGUUAAACAUCAUCCGGACAAACUUUCCAUUUCUACUUAUUUAGUUCAAUCUUCUUUCCUGUCGCCAGUCUUGAUCCAAUCUUCUUGUAAUCGUCAAAGCUCUGUUUGUUCUUGCCAGGGCAUCCUGCUUAUCAAACUGCAAAUGUCAAUUAAAUCCACAGCACUCUCUGUCUCAACUUCCACAGUGCUGGUCUCAGUCUGGGUCCGACAGUGGUGCCAGUCUCGGUGUCGGUACCGGUUCUGUUGUCAGUCUUGGACUCAAUGUUGGUCUUGGUCUCGGUUUUAGAGCUGUCCCAGAUCCAGUGCUGGUACUGGUUCUGGUCUUGGUCCUGGCAUGCUCCCAGUGCCAAUCUCACUCUCAGGCCGGUCCCAUAUUGGUGCCAGUCUCGGUUGUGGUGCCAGUAUCAGUCUUGGUGCUGGUUUUGGUGCUGCCCUCAGUCUCAGUCCUGGAGUUCUCCCGAUGCUGGUCCCAGUCCCAGAGCAGCUCUGGAGCUUUCCUGGUGCCGGUCCCAGUAUUGGUGUUGGUCUCAGUCCCAGUCUUUGUUCCAGUUCUGGAGCGGUGCUGGUCUCAGUUCUGGUUCUGUUGAUUUUGUUCCCCGUCUUGGUCUCAGUCUCCAUUCUGAUUUCAGCCUCAGAAAUGGUGCUGUUGCUGGUUUGUGUGCCGGUCUCGGUCUCAGUCCCAAAUCCUUUGGGCACAUUUUUGUGAUUUUAUACCAAGUUGAAGUGUUUUAGGCUGGAUUUUAGGACCCUUUGGACAAUGAUAGGCCCAUUUGGAUGAUUUUAGACCUCUUUGUGUGGAUUUGAGACUGCUUUGGCUGAUUUUAGGCCAACCCUGCUGGAAUUAGGCUGAAUUUGUGCCUUUUUGAGGUGAUUUUAGGCCAAACCAGGCCCCUUUAGGACCAUGCAGCCUUUUGGCCCAGUUCUUUCCCCUCACAGUUCCCGCCCUUUUCUGGCCCCGCCCCUUUCCCCUCAGUUUCUGCCCAUUUUUUGGCCCCACCCAUUUCUAUUCCCAGCCCCUGUCAAUCAUUAACCCCUCACCUUUCAUUCGGAUGGAGCCCUCGUGUUCGCCCCGCCCCUUUCCCCUCUAAGCCCUGUCCAUCUCCUGGCCGGUUCUCUCUGAGCAUGCUCAGAACACCCGUUAUGCCUCUUGUGUGCCGCCAUGUUUGCUCCUGGUCCCCCAGCCCAGCUCCAGAGUGUCCAAGAGCUGCGGUGGGGCUGGGGGGAUCUACAGGGGAUCUCUAGAGGAUCUGUAGGGGAUCCAUAGGGAAUCUAUAGGGGAUCCGUAGGGGAUCUAUAGGAGAUCUGUAGGGGAUCUGUAGGGGACUGCGGGGGUCUUAGGGUCUCUAUAGAGGAUUUGGGCUUGUGUAGAGGGGAUCUCGGGGGUCUGGGGGGUCCCUAAAGGCGAUCUGGGAGGUCUAAAGGGGAUCCACAGGGGCCUUCCGGAACCUAUAGAGGGUCCAGGGGUGUCUCAUGGUCUCUAUUGGGAAAUUUUGAGGUUCUUAAAGGGAAUUUCUGGGUAUUUUGGGCUCUGUACAGGGAAUUCUUGGGGUCUCUAAAAGGGAAUUUUACAGUUCCUAUUGAGAAUUUUGGUGUCCUUAAAGGGAAGUUGGAGUUCUCUUGGGAAUUUUGGGGUCCCCAUAAGGAACUUGUGGGGUAAUUAAAGGGAAUUUUGUAGGGUUUGUAGGGAAUUUUUGGGCCUAUAUUGAGAAUUUUGAGAAUUAUGGGGUCUCCACCGGAAAUGUUUUUUUUUUUUUUUUUUUUUUUAGUUGAAACAUGGGAAUUUUUACGUUUGUGUUGAGAAUUUUUGCAAUAUUGGGGUCCUCAAAUGGAAUUUGUAUCCUAUAGGGAGUUUUUGGGAUCUUUAUAGAGAAACAUCGGUCCCAACAUGGGAAGAUUGGGUUCUCUAUAGGAAAUCUGUGAGACAUCCAUAGGGAAUAUUUGGGAAUUUUGGUUUGUAAGAGUCGGUCCAAAGUUUUCUCUGAUCUGCCUCACGACCAUCAUCAGAGACUGGGACCUGAGAUUGCACCACUUGCCCUGAAUCGGAGCUCUGGCCUGGCCGAGGUGGAGGCUUGCAGGCCAAGGAAUGUUUGUAGCUGUGCCUGGUGCUUGUCAUGGUGCGCUGCAGGGUACUGGUUAUUGCACCCUGUCCCCGCACCUGCAUCAUGGGGCUACGAUCUCCACAUACAAUAGUCCAUAAAUCUCCCCACCUUUUGGUCAGACGUCACUUGCUUCGGAAAAGGACUAUAAAAAGUGACUUUCCUAAAAAGACUUUGAGAUCUCUUUCUCCCCAAUGCAUUGAGGACACGUCUCAUCUCGUCAGAUGGCCACGAGGAUGCAUCCCGUCUGUUGGUAGCUAUAUCCCAUCUCUCUCUUUCUCUCUCUCACCCUCUCUCUCCCUUUGGCACUCAAUAAACUGCAUUAUUGCUUUCUGCUAAACAAACCUGAGUCUCUUGCCUUUUGUCUUUUGCACCCUGGGGUCAAAUGAACCAUCACGACUCCCACUUGGGUUGAGCGGAUCAUGACAUAAAUUGGUGUCACGGACAGUCAGAAGGGUUUCUGAGAGACAGAAGGGUUGCUGGUUGUGUGUAGUCUGUAACAGGGGAAGGAGGUCUUGCUCCAGCCGCGCCUAGCUGGCCACCUCGACAGGGGUGAGCCAGACUAGAAAGCAAGGGGGGCAUUUCAGAUUUCCCGCAAACUGCACACACCUAGGUGAAAAGCAUCCCUACACUUGUUUGAGGAUUCUGUCUUCAGAAAUUCACAAAAGAUCUCUUUGUGCAUAAGGCAGAACUGCGCUUUUCCUGUUCUUUAUUACUGUGUUUGAAUGUGUACUGACCUCCCUGAGUUAGGGAGAAUACUGCGCAGGCUGAGGAGUGCGUGUGUAACUCUAAUCUAUUACUGUGUAUAUAUGAACUGACUUUUCGUAAAAAUUAGAGGGGGAAAAUCCUGUGCAGGUUGUGUGUCUGCCUUUCCUGAAAAUAUGGGGGGAAACUGCGUAGGGUGUGUGUGCAUGUGUACUAACCUUUCCUAAGAAGUUAGGAGGGGGUAUCGCGCAGGCUGUGUGUCUACCCUCCCUGAAAUAAGGGGCUUGUAGACAGCAGAAGCUGUGUGUGUAAUUAAGUGCUGAUCUCCCUUGAGUGGCUUUACUUUCCUUCUUUCAAAAUGACUGAGAAUCAUAAUACUAAAGAUAAAGCUGCAUUUUUAGCUUUGCUAGCUAAGUAUAAUGCCAGACCCUCCCAAGGGGGAGAAGAUUGGGUGCACAGUAACUGGUUUAAUUUAGAAAAUGUGAUUGAUAGGAUACAUUCUUUGCAACAUGAAACAAAAUUCAAACUGGGCAGAAAUAAGACAAUUUUCUGCUCAGUUUUGGGGGCAUGUCUUAGGGCAGCUAUAGAAACUCACUUUACGCGAAGAAGUGAAGAAAGAGCAAAGAUUGACUCAUGUGAGAGUCCAUCUAAAAGCCUCUCGUUUCUUCUGCCCAAUGACCCUCGCCUGAGGCCUAAAGAACUGCAGUUUAAAGGCGCUGGCCAGGGAAGAGAAGAAUGCCAAGAGACUGUUCUCAGGUGGUGCCCAUCCCAACUAGGGCCGCUCUGCUCCCUCAGGUGUGAGAACAAUGAACUGGUCAUGGUGUGGUGUGAGAACAAUGAACUGGUCAUGGUGCGCUGCUCCUACGCAGGCUACUUGCUGCAGAACUGGUCACAAGGACUGUUGGUGUGCCUGGAGCUUGCCAUGAUGCACUGCUCCUACGCAGGCCACUUGCGCACCAUCCUGUUUCCACCUGCUUCUUGGAGCAACGAUCUCCAUAUACAAUAGUCCAUAAAUCUUCCCACCUUUUGGCCAGUCACCCGAUGCCUUGGAAAAGACUAUAAAAGACACCCUCAAACUAAAGACCCCCGAGAUUUCCCCGGACGGCAACAGACAUCUAUUGGCUGGUUCCACGAGGAUCGUCUGUCUGUCUUGGUAGCUAUAAUCCCAACCCCUUUUCUCUCUCUCUCUCUCUCUCUCUGUCUCUCUCUCUCUCUGUCCCUCUAUCGCAUUUGGUUGGCACUAAAUAAAAGUGCAGCUUUUGCAAAAGUAAACUGGUUUUGUCCCUUGCUGUGUCUUUUGCGCGUUGAGAUCCCUAAAAGAACCUAUCAGGACUCCGCAUGUGGUGUGGACCCUGACAACUCUCUACAAAAUUUAGUGGAAAUCUUGCAAAAACAAUUAGAUGAAGAAAGGAAUGACAAUCAUGCUUUGAGAGAUAAGAUUCAUUCUUUAAGAAAUAAGAAUCAUUCUUUAAGUGCUGCCCUAAGACAAGAACACACCAACACUUUAAAACACGCUGAUUUACCAAAAGAAACAGAAGAGAAAGAAACUAAUCAAAUAUAUCCUCAAAAGAAAGUAACUCUGAUGAAAAAUAAUGGAGAAUAUUGCUGCCCUAGCUUGAGAUCUUUGGUUAAAACAGAAUACAAUUUUAUCAAUGAUGAGAAUUUUAACCCACAAAUAACCACUACAAAAAUCCUGUACACUGCUACUAAAUUAUCAGAAGAAGCAGCUAGUGGGUACUGGGGACAUGGGACUUUCUUAACAACAGAAGUCAAAUAUAACUAAUGGUCCCUAACUCAGUGCGCAGUUUAUUGGGCAGCAGGGCUUAACCCCUUGAAAAUGAGAGACCUUGUAGCUUUAGUUGGUACCCCUGAGCAACUCCUAGAAAACAUUCACAAAGCUGCCUGCUUGCAAAUUAUAUUUGAAAUAAAACUCACUGCUGGCCAUAAAUCACCUAUGCAAUUACCUGUAAAUGUAAAACAAUACCCUCUUCCCUCUGGUGCCAAAGAAGGGCUUAAACCGGUUAUACAGGGCUUGUGAAACUCCCCUGUAUGUCCAAUCCAAAAACCCAAACCUGACAAUGUGGCUUUUUAUCAAUAUAUUGAUGAUACCCUUGUGGGAGGAGAUGAAAUACAUGUAGUGGGGGAUACCCAACAAGAAAUAAUCUCCAAUUUGGAAAGCCCUAACUUGUAAAUUGCCUCAGGGAAAAUUCAAACACCUUCUCAGGAAGUGAAGUUUUUGAAGACAGCCACUACUGGGACUGCCCCCCCGACGGGGUGGCCCAGAAAUCCUUAGUAACAAAAGGAACUGUAAAAAAUCGGGCAAUAACAGAAACCGAGAGCUUGGGUAGCAGUUACGACAAACCUGCCUCAGUAAUUCAAGUAGCCUUUGCUUUUUCCCCCAAACAAUCUUUGUUCACUAAUUCUUUGUUCACUAUUGCUUCUGCUGAAAAAUUAUUGCUGGGGGACGGGGUGGCUCUUGGGUUGGAGCGUUGAUGGUUGUUUGGAGUGUUUUCCAGCUUGAAGUGCAGAGUGCCUCCUCUGUUUGCACCUACACUGACUCUUAUGCUGUGUUUAAAGGAGGUACAGAGUGGCUCCCUUUUUGGCAGCAAAAUGAUUGGGAAGUUAACAGAAUUCCAGUCUGCAUAACAUGCUGCAUAGUUCCAUCAUUUUAACCUCCUGCCUCUUUGUGGCAGAUUCUGUUGUGUUUACUUUUCACAGAAUAAUACCACGGAACAUGAAGAUUAAUUGUUGAAUCCCUCAUCAAAGCUGUAUACAGUUAUGGCACAGGACCUUACAGCCGUGUUUUAUUUUGUGAAGAUUCAAAAUCAAAAUUGAACUGUUGUACAAUUUUCCUAUGAAAUUAUGUGUGGUAAAAACAAUACAAAAUAUGGAGGGGAACUUAAUGUUAUAAUACCUACUACCCAACCACAGGUUAUACUGAGCCUGAAAAUUUUUGAAAUUGGACCUUGGGUAAUUCGGAAAACCAGCCAACAACAAAUAUUGUUUAAUUCAGCAUGGUCUUUUAACAAUGUCUCGGUAAUUCAGCCAGCUUGUUCACCUUUUCUAGGGGUGGACAACCUGGCUGCAAAAGCAGGAUCCUUUCAAGAAACAAACAAGAGACAUAACUGGUGUUGUGGGAAGAAGAUUGGGAAUUUUGAAUAGUAUUGAUUUAGAAGUAUUAAUGAAUAAAUUGGCUAACAUUCCUUUAGCUCUCUGCUGUAUCCAGGCUCAAUUGUGGAUGCAGUCAGUUGCUGCCUCAAUUAUACGAGAAGUCGAGGAAACCACUUUUCCUACUAAAAUUCGGAGAAUAAUUUGAGAUAAUGCCCGUGAUUUUGAAAAAGAAUUCCAAUCCUGGUGAAACUACUACUCCAGCAUAAACACAGCCACAGCCUUUACCCUGACCAUAUGUAAUGCUUCAAUACAUUCAAUUUUCCCAAUCACUGCAUUAGGGCUAAAUCAUGAUGAAGCUAUUCUCUGUCCUUUCGAGCAUAGAGAAUGGGUCUGUCAAAUUGGUGAAAAGUAACAAAAUAUUAAUUUGGAAACUUAUAUUGUCUAGGAACAACAAGGUUUUAUCUGUGAAAGUAAUGCAAUCAGAGCUCAAGAUAUUUGCUUAGACAUAGAACAGUAUGACUGUAACUUUGAAAGUUAUCCAAAGGAGAUUCCUGAAACACUACUGGGGCAUAUGGGAAAUGGGUGUGCAUGCUUUAGAACUGCUUGUGAUAGUAUUUUCAUAGAAGAUUUAGGUAGUGAGUACUAAAAGCAUUUAAAUCUUUGUGUCUGUAACUUUACUAAAAUUGCUUGUUUUAAAAUUGCUUAUUUUAGUUGUGUUCCAUUUUAAAAUGAAAUUAAUUAUUUGAUUUGAAAAUUACUUGUUUUAAAAUUGCUUAUCUUUGUUGUAUUGCAUCAUGAAUAUUGAUCCAGAUUGAUUUCUAGUUAUUAUCUUAAUUAUGUUGUAUUUUCUUUUAAGUAUUGAUCCAAAUUGCUUAUUAUGCUUUAACCAAGAAAUUGUUAUUGUUAAAUCAAAAAUUGAAAUUGAAAAUUUAUUAACAUUGCUUCAAAUUGUUUAUUUAUCCUUUUUGUAAUCAUAAAUUGAACAUUGAUUUAAAUUGUUUAUUUAUCUUUUUGUAAUCAGAAAUUGAAAUUGAAAAUUGUUGUUAAAUUCAUUAUAUGUUUUGUUUUCUCUCUCCUUUUUCCUUUCCCUCAUCUUUCUCUACUUUCGUAUUCUGUCCAACUUUCUGUCUCAGUUUUCUGGGAUAUGCUAUCAACACAGACGAGCCCUGAAGACUUUGCAACACCACGAAGGAAGUGCUCUUGCCAAUGACUGUGAGUCACGAGGUGAUGUAAGAGUUGGUCCAAAGUUUUCUCUGUUCUGCCUCAUGACCAUCAUCAGAGACUGGGACCUGAGAUGGCACCACUUGCCCUGAACCGGAGCUCCGGCCUGGCCGAGGUGGAGGCUUGCGGGCCAAGGACAGUUUGUAGCUGUGCCUGGUGCUUGUCAUGGUACACUGCCGGGUACUGGUUAUUGCACCCUGUCCCCGCACCUGCGUCAUGGAGCUGCGAUCUCCGCAUACAAUAGUCCAUAAAUCUCCCCACCUUUUGGCCAGAGGCCACUCUUUUCAGGAAAGGACUAUAAAAAAGUGACUUUCCUAAAAAGACUUUGAGAUCUCUUUCUCCCCAACGGAUUGAGGAUGCGUCUCAUCGGAUGACCACGAGGAUGCGUCCCGUCUGUUGGUAGCUAUAUCCCAUCCUUUCUCACCCGCUUGCUCUCUCUCUCUCUCUCUCUCUCUCUCUCUCUCUCUCUCUCUUUGGCACUCAAUAAACUGCAUUAUUGCUUUCUGCUAAACAAACCUGAGUCUCUUGCUUUUGUCUUUUGCACCCAGGGGUCGAAAGAACCAUCAUGACUCCCGGUCGGGUUGAGCCGAUCGUGACAUGGUUCCAAAGUAGGAAUUGGAGGGGGGAAUUUUAGGUGCCGAAAUAUGGCAGUGAAGAGCCUGGCAUGAAGCCUGU